AUGGAGGUAGAAGUAGAUGACAAAGACCUAAAAGCCGCUGGCGCUGAGCUUCUAACCGACGGCCGCCAUGGACUCCACAUCCACGGCUGGGAAAUCGUGUCUAGCAAGGGCUUCAUUCUCAACUCCUCCUCUCUGACCACAUGGGAAGAGAAGCUAAAAACUUCUCAUUUACCAGAGAUGGUUUUUGGCGAAAGUUGUUUAGUACUUAAACAUGUGACUAGUGGUACCAAAAUUCAUUUUAAUGCAUUUGAUGCCCUAACUGGCUGGAAACAAGAGGCUUUACCUCCGGUUGAGGUUCCUGCUGCUGCACAAUGGAAAUUUAGAAGCAAACCAUUCCAACAGGUGAUAUUGGAUUAUGAUUAUACGUUCACAACACCUUAUUGUGGUAGUGAAACAAUUGAAUUGGAUACGGAGAAGAAAGACAGUGGGGAAAUUUUGGAGGCUAGCUGCAUCCCCUGUUGGGAAGACUGUGAAGAGCAAAUUGAUGUGGUUGCACUUGCAUCAAAAGAGCCUAUUCUUUUCUAUGAUGAGGUAGUCUUGUAUGAAGAUGAACUGGCUGAUAAUGGGGUGUCGCUUUUAACUGUAAAAGUGAGAGUCAUGCCAAGUAGUUGGUUUCUUCUUUUACGAUUCUGGCUCAGAGUUGAUGGAGUGCUAAUGAGAUUAAGGGACACUCGUAUGCAUUGUGCUUUUAAUGAUAGUGCAAACCCUGUUGUUCUUCGAGAAAGCUGCUGGAGAGAAGCUACCUUUCAAGCUCUUGCUGCUAAAGGAUAUCCCACUGAUUCUGCAUCAUACAGUGAUCCGAGCAUCAUCAGUCAAAGGCUUUCUGUCAUCAUGCAGAAGAGCCAAAAGCUAAAGCUUAAUUUGUAA